CUCUCUCACCGAGGUCCAAACUAGAGCUCCCAUGGUGCACGCCAACAAAUCGCGCCCCGCGGUCGCGCUCCUGAGCAGGGGCAUGUCGACGGUGCCCCUGGCGGGCGAGAUGCCCCGCAUCCCGCCCAAGAAGCGCGACUUUGCGGCCGAGGUCGCCGCGCUCAAGCAGUGGUGGUCGAGUGACCGCUUUGCCGAGACCAAGCGGAACUACACGGCCGAGGACGUCAUCAAGCUCCGCGGCUCGCUCCAAAACUCCUUUGCCGCUGGCGAGAUGUCGAUGAAGCUCUUCGACACGCUGCAGCUCUGCAAGCAGAGCGGCGGCCACUCACGCACCUUCGGCGCGCUCGACCCGGUGCAGGUCGCCACGAUGGCGCCCAAGCUGUCGUCCAUCUACAUCUCGGGGUGGCAGUCAUCCUCGACCGCCGCCUCCUCCAACGAGCCCGGCCCCGACUUUGCCGACUACCCGAUGGACACGGUGCCCAACAAGUGCGACCAGCUCUUCCGCGCGAUGCAGCACCACGAGCGCAGGCUGUGGGAGGAGGAGUGCCGCGAGUCGGCCAACCCGCAGGUGCCCGACAUGAUGACGCCCAUCGUGGCGGACGGCGACACCGGCCACGGCGGCCUCACCGCCGUCAUGAAGCUCACCAAGAUGUUCGUCGAGGCUGGCGCCGCCGGGAUCCACUUUGAGGACCAGUCGCCCGGCACCAAAAAGUGCGGCCACAUGGGAGGCAAGGUGCUCGUGCCGACGCAGGAGCACGCGGACCGGCUCAACGCGGCGCGGCUGCAGGCGGACAUCCUCGGCACGCCCACCCUCAUCAUCGCGCGCACCGACGCCGAGGCGGCCACCUUCAUCUCGUCCAACAUCGACCCGCGCGACCACGCCUUCAUCGUGGGAGCGACCGUCUCGCGGCCGCUGGCGGGGACGAGCCUGGACGCGCCGACGCUCAACGCGACCCUCUCGCUCGCGGCGGAGCAGGGCCUCGACUCGGAGGAGGUCACCAAGAAGUGGGCCGACGCCGCGGGCAUGUGCACCUUCCCCGAGGCGGUCCGGACAGCCGCAAAGGCGAGCGGCGUCGCCCCGGCGUCGAUGCUGCCGUUCGAGAACGUGGUCGCGCAGGGGGGCGGCAUCGAGGAGAUGACGGCCGCGGCCAAGGCGAUCCUGGGCGACAGCAUGCCCGCCUUCGACUGGGAGGCUCCCCGCGCGCGCGAGGGCUACUACCGCCUCCAGCCGGGCACCGACAUGGCCAUCGCUCGCGCCAAGGCGUGGGCGCCGUACGCCGACCUGCUGUGGAUGGAGACUGCGAAGCCGAUCCUGUCGCAGGCGGAGGAGUUCGCCGCGGGCGUGCACGCCGCCUUCCCCGGCAAGAUGCUCGCCUACAACCUCUCGCCCUCGUUCAACUGGGACGCGGCGGGCAUGAGUGAGCAGCAGAUGGAGGCCUUCACGGGCGAGCUGGGCCGGCGCGGCUUCGUGUGGCAGUUCAUCACGCUGGCGGGCUUCCACGCGGACGGGCUGAUGACGCACAAGUUCGUCGAGGCGUACGCCGAGCGCGGCAUGCACGCCUACGUCAACAUGAUCCAGCGCGCCGAGCGCGAGGCUGGCGUCAAGCUGCUCAGACACCAGCACUGGUCGGGCGCGGAGCUCAUGGACGAGCAGAUGCGGAUCGCGUCGGGCGGCGCCUCCUCCACCUCCGCCAUGGGCGCCGGCGUCACCGAGUCCCAGUUCGCCGGCAAGGCCGAGUCGGCCGACAAGGGCGCCUACGCCAACCAGACGCGCAUCUACUCGUCCAUCGACGAGCCAGACUACCUGCCGAACACGAAGCGCGUGCCCUCGUCGAUGGACUCGCCCUAGGCGCGGCGCGGCGGCGCGGGAGCGACGCGGGUGGAGGGGCAGCGGAGGGAGCGGGAGGAGGGGCGGCAGCCCCCCCACAUAUGCCUCGAGAGGGCACACCCCCACAUCCCUGUAGAGGGGGGGCCACGGCAGCUUUCGCCGCCCCCCGCCCCUACGGGAGGGGCCGCUGGAGUGACGUACCGUUCUCGUCUGUCCUCGUUCUGUGGAUCGUCCGUCUCCCCCCACUCCCCGCCUGUUUGUUAUUCGUGGUUCCACCCCGCGCCCUGCGUGGGCGCGCGGGGAGGCGUCUCCAGGGGUUGUAAUUGGGCGGGUCCUAUGCUGUAUCGCGGUCUGUGGUUUCCAGUGAGUUUUAUGAACGUUUUAAGAGUUCUCCAAAAUGGCAGUUCUUU